UCAGAAUGCUCAUCUAUAGACUGCUGUUAGUGGGUAUUCUUUUUCGCGGGCCAAGUCUUUCUCAGGUAUUGGAGGCAAGUACCGAACAGCGAUAUUCCAGAUCUGUGGUCAAUAUGGAUGAACUACUGAAAAUGGAAGACGAUCUGAUUAAAAAUUUGGAAAACCAUAAGGAACAGCUUUCCCGUAAAGCCGAAACCAUUAGGAGGGGGAUUCGACAGAUGAAGGAAAUACCAAGGAAAAGAAAGAAUUCUUUGGACAACCCUUUCUUCACCUACUCCUUCAUGCGUCAUAUGCAGGCUGAUUGGUUGAUGUGGCAUGAGUAUCUGGGGAAGCCUGUGGGCUUGGACCAACUUGCUUAUAUGCAGUCUCGAAAAUCGUCUAUGCCACAGGAACGAGACUUUAUGGACGCCGCUGAUGGCGUUACCAGAAUGCAGGGGACUUACCAACUUUUGGCGAGUGAUAUAGCCAAUGGCCUGCUCGAUGAAGUGCAAUACAGCUCCUCACUAACAGCCAUAGAUUGCCUGGAGUUGGCUUGGAGUAGGAUAUACCGAAACUACUUGCCAUCUGCGGAGCAAUGGAUUCUGGCAGGCAUUGAGGCCCAUGAUCGACCAAAUCCUCAAGUGGAAAUGCAGUCUCUAAGAGGACCUAAGAAGGCGGAUCUUUAUAGAGAGCUGGGACAAUUGCGGGCAGAGCUGCAAAAUCAUGAUGGUGCCGUUAAAGCCUAUCAGAUGGCCCUGAAAGAGUCGCCCGACGACCCGGAAAUAUAUCAGGAAUAUCGUUCUUACGAAAAAGUUGUUCUUAAUUCUCCUGAAAGAGGGGCAGAUACUUUCAAGCAAGAUGAGGAGUACGAGGCCUACGAUCGCGCUCAGUUGUCAAACUGUUGCAGUGGUCGCUGUAAACUAUCCCCAAAACUCAAAAAACUACACUGCUUCUACAACCAUGCAACCUCCCCAUUCCUGCGACUGGCCCCCAUCAAAACGGAGAUACUCUCUGUCGAUCCUUUCAUAUCGCUCCUUCACGGUAUGAUCUCCCCAAAGGAAAGUGCUUUGAUUCGGUCUUCUAGCAAGGAGCACAUUUUGCCAUCCAACUAUUACAGUGGCGAGGUGCAGGACUUUGUGGUGGGCUCAUCGCGAUUUUCAAAGUCAGUUUGGUAUGAGAAUAGCUAUAAUGAGGCAACCUUGAAAAUAACUGAACGCUUGGGAGAUGCAACUGGGUUGGAUAUGAACCACGCGGAGCUGUUCCAGGUCAUCAACUAUGGGCUGGGCGGCUUCUUUGAGACGCAUAUGGACUUGAAGCUUGCCGAGAACGUCAGAUUCCAAGGAACUGCCGAUCGAAUGGCUACAGCAAUCUUUUAUUUAAGUAAUGUCACUCAAGGUGGGGCUACCCUUUUCCCAAGUCUUAACAUCACGGUCUUUCCAAAGUUCGGAUCGGCCCUCUUCUGGUUCAAUUUGGACCACAAGGGUAAUAAUCAAUUGGACACCACACAUACUGGCUGUCCCGUCAUCGUGGGUUCCAAAUGGGUUGUAAGCAAGUUUAUAGAGGAUAGUGGACAAGAGUUCAGAAGGCCAUGCUUCGGCCUUCGAUGAUUUCCCAUCUGUUGAGAAACUAAUAUUCUAAUUUAAUCGUUUAUUUAUUUCUCUUUAAAUAAUAUCUUUAUUAGUAUACCAAAACUAAAA